UCCUGUGCCACCCAGCCCCUGCUGCUGCUCCUCAGGCUUUAUGCCGUGUCACCGAGCUGCUAGUCCAGGGUGAGCCUUAGGGAAUCACACCCGGUCUCUUCUUAAUGAACACACACCAAUAGGCAAAAUGGGUAGCAAUGGCACAAGCAAUACAAUUGACAGCUGCAAUGACACAAAUGUACCAUUUCAGUACUCUCUUUAUGCUGUCACAUAUAUUGUGGUCUUCAUUCCAGGCCUUCUGGCCAAUAGUGCAGCCCUAUGGGUCUUGUGCCGCUUCAUCAGCAAGAAGAACAAGGCCAUCAUCUUCAUGAUCAAUCUAUCUGUGGCUGACCUUGCCCAUGUUCUCUCCCUGCCACUGCGGAUCUAUUACUACAUCAACCAUGAAUGGCCCUUCCAAAAAUUCCUGUGCCUUCUCUGUUUCUAUCUGAAGUACCUCAACAUGUAUGCGAGUAUCUGCUUCCUGACAUGCAUUAGUCUGCAGCGAUGCUUCUUCCUCCUCAAGCCCUUCAAGGCCCGAAACUGGAAGCGCAGGUAUGAUAUAGCCAUCAGUGCCACCAUCUGGGUUGUCGUGGGGACUGCCUGCUUACCCUUUCCCAUCCUUAGAAAUGCUGGCAUGGCCAACAAUGCCCACAACACCUGCUUUGCUGACCUGGGAUACAAGCAGAUGCCUUUAGCCACCUCAGUGACAACAAUCACGUUGGCUGAGCUGGCCGGCUUCGUGGUUCCUGUUGUCAUCAUUGCCUGGUGCACCUGGAAGACAGUGAUAUCUUUACAGCAUCCACGCGUGGCCUAUGAAGGGGUUGCUGAGAAGCGGAAGGCUCUUCGGAUGGUUUUCAUGUGUGCUGGGGUCUUCUUCAUCUGCUUCACACCCUACCAUAUAAACUUCAUUUUUUAUACCUUGGUGAAGGAAAAAGUUAUCACUAGCUGCUCAAUCGUUCAAAGCACACUCUAUUUCCACCCUUUCUCCUUGUGCCUUGCGAGUCUGUGUUGUUGCUUAGAUCCAAUCCUUUAUUACUUCACGACUUCUGAGUUUCGUGACCAACUCUCCCGCCAUGGUAGUUCAGUGAUCCGAUCCCGGCUUAUGAGCAGGGAGAGUGGCUCUUCGAUGGUGAGCUAAGUAAGCCCAUCCCCAAAGACUUGUUUUUCUCUCAUAUUCUUUGGAUUGUCCCUAAACGCAGAGAAAUAACCAGGACACUUAGUAUGGGGGUAGUGGGCAUAGAAAGGGGCAGAGAUGGAAUUUGUUUGUCUGGACUAUUUUUGUUGUUCUGAAAUUGAGGACUCUUAUUUAAGAGAACAAAGUUAAAACCUGACAUGUUUAGAUGGAAGAGAA